CCCACUAAAUACAUUCACACACUCAUUCACUUCACCCGGAGCGGUGUACUAUGCCGCUCAACCUCAUCGGAAUAUAAACGCUAAUCUCAAGGAUCUCGGCUUCACUUUGUUAAACCAGGGCUGGUUUGCUGUGCUGCUGGGAAAUUACUGUAUUUUAAAAGGGAGAAGCCAUGGCAGAGCACAUGAUGAUGCCCAUGAGCCACGGCCAGGCGAAUGGCAACCUGCAUGGUUACCGAAUGGGCAUGAAUGGCCAACAACAUGCUCCGCAACCUGGACUAAGAGCCAUGCCCAAUGGACAGAUGAUGCAUUAUGGGCCACAGGGAGCCAUGCAGCGGCCCAACAUGGCGAUGAAUGGGCAGAUGAAUGGAGGAGCGAUGGCUCAUCACCAAAUGCAGUCAGCCACUAUGAUGUACAACAACCAGGGUCAGCAACACCAACAGCACCAUAUGCACCAGCAGCAUCAUCAAGGCCAGCAGCAGCAACAGCAGCAGUACAUGUCUCCUGGCAUAAUCUCUCAGCAGCUAAUGGCUAGCAUGCACCUGCAGAAACUGAAUACCCAGUACCAGGGGCACCCUCUCAGUGCCAUGAAUGGGCACCAUGUGCCAAAUGGAGCUCAGUUUCGUAUGGGUCCAGCUCAACUGGCCAAUGUGCAGCACAUGGGUGGUCCUGCACUGGGACUGAAUGGCAUGGAUGCUGACCUGAUUGAUGAGGAGGUUCUCACAGCAUUAGUCAUGGAGCUGGGACUGGAUAGAGUGCAGGAGCUGCCAGAAUUGUUUCUGGGACAGAACGAGUUUGAUUUCCUACCAGACUUUGUCAGCAAACAGCAGCCCAGCACAGUCAGCUGCUGAGGCGUACAGAAUGAGACACUGAAACGGUGAACGAUGCAGUAAAAAGGUGAUAAUUACCCUGUUCAUAGUCUUGGAGAGAACUGUCUCUGCAAAGUAGAGAAGAACAGGCAGAUGUUUUUCUGGUUCACUACUGGAAAGAGUUGUGGAGCUCCAGCCAGAGCUGUAUCCCUUUUGGGAUGGGGUAGUAAAAUAAUGCUCCUGCCCUUCCAGACAUGAAUGUAACAACAUUGCCGAAUUAUGAGCUUGGGGCAAUGUUGUAACGAGCUCUUAGUUCUCAUGUCAGUUUUGCAUUCACAUGUAACUUAUUCAUGUUCAUUCAGUACCAACAUAGAUUGCAAAGCUUUGCUGAGGAAGUUCUGUGCAGGAUGUUGUGUUGCAGUUUUGUUUGGGGGAUGGGGUCGGGCUUCUAAAUUGUGUAACUCGAGGCUCCGCAGUCUUAUGGUUUGGUGUUGAACUGGGAGAUUCCCAUUUGUAAUGAAUUGGUCACCAACAGUAUUAACUGGAUUAAGCAGCUAUGUAUGUGCUUCAUUACAUGUACCAAUCAAACCCAUAUGGAUAUAUUCCAGUAUCUAUUGUGGAUUUUUCCAUCAUAAAUGUAGAACUGCCUUAAAUCACACAGUUUUUAUUUAUUUGUUUCAUUGACCUUUGAGGUUAAGGGGUUGAACAUUUUGGCUUUGCUACCUUUGUUAAUAAAGAUGGCCAAGUUUUUCCUUUGGCCUAAUUUUAUGUUCUCCUCUGAAUUUUCUGGAAUAACAGAUGCUGCUGAAAUCAAUAAAUAGGCCAUGAGUUGCCAUCUCUCAUCCUUUGUGGUAGAGCCUUUUAACAGUGA